ACACACUGUUCUGUCAGUGCCAUGACUCCUGGUAGUAUUGGACCAGUAAGGAAAGAAACCACUGGUACUUUUCAAGUGAAAUCUGAAAACAAGAAAACUAUUUGGAAUACAGAGGAGGUCCCAGAAGGAUCUGAAUUUGAUGAUACUUGGGACCCUAGAGAACAGCCAGAGUAUGAGAUUUUAUUCAAACAGUGUGUGGGAACAGAGGAUGUCUUCUUCGGGAUGAGCAGGAAAGACGCCUCCACAGCCUGCUGUGAAGAUAUGGUGAUUAAAAUCAAACUGCCAGAGACAAAGUGCUCAGACAUCACAUUAGAUAUCCAGGACAAGGUUCUUGACCUUCGAACUCCCAAAAAGAAGCUGCUGCUGCACCUCCCCUACUGUGUAGACAGCAAGAACAGUAAAGCUCGUUUUCUCUCUGAAGAGGAGACCUUGGAAGUCACUUUGAGAUUAUCAAGGAUGUUUGAUUUCAUAAAUUUUGAGUGA